AAAGGAAACGUCGUGCAAAAUAACGGCCAUCGAAUAGUCUGAGAAGUUAACUUUCGAGUAUUGCCAUUUUCAUUGUAUUAAUCCGUUUUAGGUAAUCCAUUUUGAAAAGAUUGCAUAAAUUGCCGUCUCGAUAGGGUGAAAGGGGAAUCCGGAGGUGAUCGUCUCGUACCCGUCGAGAACGGAAUCCUCCGGUUGGCUACCUCUAACAUGUGAGCAGUCUAGCGAGUUACAAAGAGAAAGAAAGAGAGUGAGAGAAGGACAGGUGGGGUUAUUUCCCAGGUAGUACACGCACGCGAUGCCCCGGACUCGAUGCCCAGGUUCGAUUUAAUGGUGGGGGAAAUUUAGGUUACUCGUAGCACCAAGGGAAUGUGGGCCGACUAUAUACUGGCUCAUCACGAUCCUCCGUCAGUUCAUUCCUUCUUUGUAUUUCCAAUUCGUAAGACCGAUCUUCUUCAAUCUCUUCCUCAACAGUCGGCCUCUUUCUGUCAAUCGUCGUUGGAUUUUUCUUGCGUACAAGAAAUACUUCCUGCCGAUUUUACUCCCCGAAUUUAAAUCGUACAGGAAGAAAAGGAAAAGAAAAAAAGAAGAAGAAGAAGAAGAAGAAGAAGAAGAAGGAGGAGGAGGAAGAAAGAGAUUUUUGCUGCGAAUUUUUUUCCUGUUUAGGAGUAUGAGGAUUAUCGUCUGUUUGCUGUUCCUCGGCGUAAUCGCCGUGAACGCCCAACGUCGAUUGUCCUUGCCGGAUCCACGAAGUUGUGCGAAUCGCGUUCGUCAUGCGAGUUACAGGGACGCAAGGGGUGUCUCUCAUUCGUACUUCUUCAGUUGGGAACAUUUGCCGACUAGAAGCCUCGAGGUGGACUGGCUUGAUGCUCGUAACAUUUGCCGUCGUCAUUGCAUGGACGCGGUAUCUCUCGAGACGCCACAGGAAAAUGAAUUCAUCAAGCAAAGAGUAGCCAGAGGAAACGUGAGAUACAUCUGGACUUCUGGACGUAAAUGCAAUUUUAACGGUUGCGACCGUCCCGAUCUUCAACCGCAAAAUGUCAACGGAUGGUUCUGGUCUGGAUCCGGUGCUAAAAUCGGACCGACCAGCCAACGUAAUUCUGGGGAUUGGAGUCAUACUGGUGGAUACGGUCAGCCACAGCCAGACAACCGCGAGGCUGCUCAGGGUAACGAUGAAUCCUGCCUGUCCAUUCUCAACAACUUCUACAACGACGGCAUUAAAUGGCACGACGUUGCCUGUCAUCACGUAAAGCCAUUCGUUUGCGAGGACAGCGAUGAGCUCCUGAAUUUCGUCGCCUCUCGAAACCCGGGAAUCCGUUUGUAAAGGUGUAAAUGCAUUCAACGAGAGACAACCCAGACGAGAUCCCACAACGGACGAUAGACGCGAUAAUUAAGAUAAUGUCGCUUCGCGGUUAUCCCAUAUUGCCGUUUAUUUAUGAUUUACUAACCGAUAAUUUUUUAUUUACGAAAUUUGAGACUUUUUAAUCUUUUGUGGUUCGUCAAGAGACAAAAAAGAAAAAAAAAACUAUUGAACGAUUAGAUAAUAGAGCACAUAUACGAAGUAAGGUGGCGUAGCAAAAGUAUUAUAUAUAUAUGUCAUCAUUUUGUACCUUUUCUUUUUUCUUACAUAAAUAUAUAUAUAUAUAUAUAUA